UUGUGGACAGAAUAAAGGAUGUCAGUAUUUCAGAAGUUGUGGCGAACAAACACUGAUUUACCAUCUAAAAAUGCAAAGAUUAAGGUAGAAGAGAUAGAAGGAGACCAGCCACUCAAUCCAUUCACAGAGGUCCUCAUUCUACAACAGCACAGCGACAUCAUACGACAACUUCACCCUUUGGAUGAAAAAAGAUGUGUGUCAGUUGGGGAUGACAACUUAGCAGUGGUAUGGGACAUACAGCGCUGUUUAAAAUUAUGUGUGUUGAGCGGUCAUACAAGACCAAUCACAUCGCUGCUUCUGAAGUCAAGUACGAGUUACUCAGAUUCUGAUUGGCUACUUACUGGGUCAUCUGACAAAACUAUAAAGGUAUGGGACCUAGACACAGGAAAAUGUCUGCAGACUAUGACAGAUCAUGGAUCUUCAGUUAAGUGUCUCCUGUCCAUCAACAAUGACCUGUUUCUGUCAGCUGGGCAGUCUCUUCAUCUGUGGUCUGGUGCUGGAAAACUCCUUGACUGCUAUUAUCGAACAGAAAAGGAAAUUGAAGAUAUAAACUUGAUGAUUCAUGUGUGUGGACAAAAAGACAGAAUUGUCACAGCCUCAGGCAAACUUAUUGGUGUGUACCAAGUGAAUAUUACAACAGAUAAUAAUAUCAUAGAAAGUGGUGACAUUGUCUUUGUGAAGAACUUGUCCUCUCAUUUGGAAGCUAUCCGAAGUCUCACCAAUUUAUCAGAUCAGUGCUUCGCCAGUGGCUCCCUAGACGGCUCUAUUGUGAUCUGGUCAUCCCAAACCUUCCUGUCAUCCUACAAAUUAAAUGCUGUAGACAGCUACUGGGGGAAGGACCACCUCUACCCUUACAGUAUCCAACAUGUACUGUGUCUAGAGGAGCGUUUUCUUCUGGCUGCAAUAGGCUCUGGGUUUGGCCUGUUUGAUAUAACAACACGGAAACUCAUCUGUGAGAAAGUCAGUGCCCACUUUUCCAAAAUCCUGCAUAUGACUUUUGUUUGUGAUGGAGCCUACUUGGCGACAUGUUCCGAGGAUGGUAGUAUACGGCUCUGGGGCCACGCCCCUCAUCUUAAUAGUUCAGUGACAGAGGAUAAAUCCGACAUGGAUCUUCGACCAAUUGAACGAUUUUUGGACAUCAGUUUUGACCAACUUAGAACAUUCAAAGACAUACUUCCUGAACCAGUCCUAAUCGGGGAAUGUCUAGCCCACUCUGGAGCAGUACAGAUGGUAGUCGAUUGUGGUUUGGAGGGGAUGCUGUCUUGUGGAGUGGACGGACUAGUUAUAGCCUGGAAGAAUGCUGAACUACAAGCAAUGAAGAGAAACCAAAUGAUACAGGAACAGUUUCUAAAUCCCAGUGGUAUAGUUUAG